CAGGAUUUGAAGAUUUUUUUUAAAAAACUUUUCCUGAUUUGCGGUGAUUAUGACUUGAUUUCGUAUGGAGACUUAAUAUUUCCGAUGUUAAUGCCACCGAGAAGGUGACACAUUUACAGAAGAUGAGCUUUGGCGGUGGCCAGACUAAGAGCAUAGGGGCCAUACGCACAGCUCUGGCCAAAAUCAUUAGCCUGAAUAAUGAUUUCUCGGCAGUCCUUAGAGAGCAUGAGGACACACAUCCUCUGACCAAGAAUAAGGCAGUUAAUGCUUCAGUUGAGGACAGAAAAAGAAAACAGGAAGACUGGAAUGCACCAGAAAACUCAAAGAAAAAAGCAGUAACAAUCCUAGAGCAGACAUGCAUUCAGCCACACAAGGCAGAGGCAGAAGAUGCUGGUUGCAACAAAACCAUAUGGAACGUGAGCAGUAUUACAGGAAAGGCGAUUUUGGAAGAACUUGAGAAAAAUGCCAUGUCCCUGAAUGUUGACAUAUCUGUAGCAGCAAAAAGCCUCGUAAUUGCGCAGGUCAAAUUGAUGGCUGGGCUGGCAAGGGAUGGGGAGAACUUUGACAGGGACUUGGAAGGUAUCAUCUCCACAACACGAUUGCUUGUCAGCCGAAAGAUUCUAAACACAGCGGACAUGGGAGAGCACUUGCUAAAGGAAUCAUCUUUCCUCAGUCUACCUCUAACAUCUCUCUGGCGGUUCAGCUCCACGGGAGUUGUGUCGCUUGAAGAAAUUGUAAAAAGCAUUCAUGAUAAAGGAAGUUGUGAAUCAUCAAUCCUGGAAGACCUGACCCAUCUAGUGCUUCACGGCAAGAAUGAGGAGCCCGGCAUCUCUGUCGUCAGUGAUGCCCUGGCUGUCCUCCUUGGCAUAGCUUAUGAUCUGGACACCACACAGUAUGAUUCCCUGUGCAAGUAUGCAAGUACCAUGCUUCACUCACUGACAGAGAGGAUGCUUGAAAACAUUCUCGAAGGCGGGACAAAUGAAGAGAGGGUCGGGCAACAGAGAGGGAGCAGGAGUUUCGAUGACAUCCAAGAUGGCAAGGAGUCAAGUGCUGAGGAUUUGGUGGACCAGGAGUCCAUGAUUAAUAUUUAUCACCUGAUGCGCGACAAUCUGAAAGUGACGCCAGAAGCCAUAGAGAGUUACUGCUCGGCCCAGCUCCUCCAGGUGCUCACCCAUCGCCCCAACCUGCAGCUUGGUCGAGUCCUGAAGGAGCAGGAACGCUGGAGGUCAACGCAGGCUAACAGUGUCCUCUCAUCUUUUUUACAUAGUCUAAUAGUGGUGCUUGGUCACAAAGCAACAUUGGACACCCUUGAAUUGGUAGUAAUGAAUGAUGAGGUCAAUUGGGGCUGCGUUUUGACCCUUGUGGCAACGGCCCUCAACUGCCAUCGUGACACAGUGGGAAUUCUGAAAGGCAUGAUUGAGAAAAACAUCAGGAAGGGAUGUGAAGAGCAGGAGAUGGAGUUGCUCGUCAUCGGUCUUCUGUUUGCAAGACACGCAAGUCAGGAGGGUCGUCACAUCUUCCCCUUAUAUUCUCAGUGGUUCAGCUCCCUCUUUGCAGCCGAGUCCACAAGCCCAGUCACCGAUAAACAGUCAUUUGUGUUCUUUAUACGUUUCCUGACAGACCUAGUGCCUCAUGAGCCAGCAUACUGUUUGCGUGCUCACCUAACCAAUCAAAUGUACACACCAAGAGGCUGCCAGGAGAUUUUGCGAGAUUAUUGUCACUUGGCCAGGGCGAGACUUAAAGAUCUGAAGGAAACAUUAGACCCAAACACUGCCAUUCAUCAGUCUGAGAAGGAGAAGAGUAAGGUAGCAGAUGAAGUAGAGACUGCAGUCACACACUAUGCGCAGACCUCAAAAGUACCUAACUUUGUCCUAGAAGCUUCCAUCUUUCGAAAGCCCUACUUCCGUUCAGCCUUCCUGCCGACUCUCCUGACACCCAGGCCUAUGCCAGAUGUCCCAGAUGCCAGAGCAAAACUUAUUGAAACCCUACAUUUAAGUGGGAAGAUCCCCUCCAACAUGUACAAAAAUUAUAUAGAACUUUGUCAGAAGGAAUGCACAGAACUACUGACAGGCGUCUUUUUGGACGUUGAAGAAGAUGUCAUUAUUGAAGAACCCAUAACGGAGCUGUCCAACAUAUUAGAAGAACUAGUACCUUCAUCAGGAAGCAGCUCGGAUAAUACGACAGCCGAUGCUUCUGCCAUUUUGCCAGUCCUUUCUAGGAUAGCUCAGAAGCUGGAGGAUAUGAUGAAGCUCUAUGACACAAGACAGAGAGAUGUGAAGCAUCUUACUCUAGAUGUUAAGGCAUUUAAUCCAAAAAUGAUUGCUUAUCAGGUCAUUGAAAAAUUUACGGGCAUUGUUGAAAAGAUUUGUCUGACAGCAGAGGAAGGAAAAAUAACAAAGAAGAAUCGACCAUUUUGGCUCUCCCAGUAUCUGUCACUCUUAUCAGGGAGUGUGACCUUGCAGUCAGCACUUUUCAUCUACCUUCUACAUGUCCUUUCACCCAGACAGCAAGAAGAACUAUCUCAGACCAAAAUCCACAAUUUAGGCAUUAUUUUGUCUGAACUGUGUAACAUCGAUGGCUUGUUCUUGCCCGUGGUUGGUGCAUUGUCUCCGGAGUGCAAACCAGCAAGCUUUUUAGGAUUCUUCCUAGAGCACAUGUCAUUUGACACUUACCAGUCGUGUGUUUUGGCUUGUUGGAUUAUGAGCUGUUGGUUAGACUGGUCAGGAUAUGUGGAAGAUGGAACAGACUCUGCAAAAGGAUCCCUUACAUCCCUUCCUCCUAUGGUAAUGCAGUUAUAUGACUGUCUGGCACCUCGAGUCACUCUUAUGAAGGUAGCACAAGAGGGAAAAGAAGUGACAAUGGCACAUGUUUAUACUUAUCUAGAAGGGCUUGAAGUGUCUGCGUGUGCUGCUUUUUAUUACAGAAGUCUGCGUGGAAAUCUCUGUGAGAAAAAGGUCCCGCUAGAGAAGUGGAUUUCCUUUGAGCUUAGUGCAGCCUGGGGGGAGGUGCCUCUUGAUGUCCGCUUGACCUACCUCCAGCUGAGAGUUCUGCGAGAUUUCGUCACUUCUGAUGCGAGUGAAAUGUGCGGAAAGGUAUCUCUUGGAGACGCUAUAGUCAAGAUGGUGUUUGUUUUGAUGGAGAUUGGGCUGAAGAAGAGAAAUGCUGGAGAUAUGUUAUUACUCCUGCAGUCUCUAAGUCAACAGAGGAAAGACAUCCGUAUUUGUCUCUUAGAAGAGUGGCAUUUCCACUACCCAGAAUACAGAGCUUUUGAUAGUCAAAUAUUAUCUUUCAUGAGCAUAUGCAGAAGUCUAUCUCCAUGUCUCUUCUUAAGGCCGACUAAGCUGUUACAGCAUGCAGAACAUCUGAAAACCAUGGUGGAGCACCUGACGAUUGCAGGGCAGGAUCUCCAGAUGAAUCUCUGUGACACAAGUUUCCUGUUAACAGCCUUGUUUCAUGCUGCCUCUGAUCAUGGUGUUAAGAAUAUUCAAGUUCAGCAGUCUCUUGCACCACUCAGGAUGGCUGUUUUGUACCACUUUGAAUCUUUAAAGAGUAUAUUCACGUGCCACACAGAAGUUAUUGGAAAGCACAGUUGCUUGCAAGAGUUUUGGAGUUUCCUCAAAUGCACAGACGUGACAGAUACUAACGAAGUGACACCCCAGGAAGCUGGUAUUAGAUGUCUUGCCCUUCGUCUGAAAUCCACCAGCAGUAACCUGUCUAUGAUCUCUCCAAAGACAAGAAUUUGCUAUUUCAGGUGGCUUUUAGCAUACAUAGGACAGCAACAAAUUCAUGGCAGGUUGCCCUUCUUUCCUGACCCAGAGAGCACUCUUUAUAAAAUAAGUGGAGAAGACAAAGAAAUCAUUUUGACGUGCUGCGCUGAACUAGAACUCUUACUGAAGACAUUCGAAACUUCAAAAUUGACACAAGCGACUUUCCCAGAUGUGGAGGAAAGGUUAUUGCCCCUACAAACUGUUCCCACUGCUUGUGUCCUUUUAAUACUUUACACCCAUGAAUUGGCAGAAGGAAAGCUGGGAAAUGGAGAAGAUAAGAAAAGACUGGAUCUCAAGUAUAUUGAUCUUCUCAUACAGUGCCAUCAUGCAAUGAGUAAAGCUUGUGAAUUGAAGAAGGAAGGUGGUGCAGGUGAAGUGGGUUCAAGGAACAAGAUUUGGAGUAGAAAAUCUUAUUCUUUAAGUAAGAAUGAGGAUGAUACAGAUCUUGAGGAACUGGAGUACCUGGCAGAGUUGAAUCAUAAAUUGUUCACUUUUGUAUCAAAUGCACCAUCGGAGAUUCUGUCCAAGUUACCAAAGAACACGCUGUUGAAAUGCGAUCCAGAUCUAAGAGCCGCAAUAUCAUAUAAAUUAAAAAGUAAAUAGUAAA